AUGUCAUUACGAAAGGAAGAUGUUUACGAGACAGAAGAUUUACCAGAAGAUGAUCAACAAAUGAUUGAAGAUGAAAUGAACGAAUCGGAAGAAAUAGAGCGGGUGCACAUCGACGUUGACAACGCUAUGAAACGAUUCAAAGGUCGUUUAUUGAGCACAGAAAAUGUUGAUUUCUCGGAUUCUAUUGUACGCAGAAAACGAUGUGGAUAUGGUGGCGGUUCGUAUGUACUUGAAGUGAUUGGACCUUAUGCAGAUGAAACAGAAACGUUGGAGCAGAAGUUUACUCGCUUAAAUUGUGAGAUAAAUGAUCUAGCGGAAUCUCUGCGAGAACAGAAAGUAUCUGAGAAACCGGACUCAUGCGUUGUCCAUGAAGAAGAUUUGAUUGCUAUGCUGGAAACGUUGAAGGCUUUGCAAAUGAAUAAAGAUGACAUUACAACUUGCGUUCAAAGUGAAAAGAAAGAUGACAAAACAGAAAGUGCAACUCGUUCUGCUGAAAAUAGUAUUAUGAGCGGACGUCUAGCGGUUUUGGAGAAUCGAAUCAACCGUUUGGAGCAGAUGAUUGAUGGUGUUGGUUAUGACGAAUCCAUGAAAAUUUGCAAAAUCCCAAUUGCUGAAGCUAUUGAAGAUUUACGUAUGCGUGUACAAUUAUUACAUCCUGCUCAUGUUGAUGGUCUUCAUUCACGCAUUACGCAGCUUCUUUCUAAGCUUCAACAAGUGGAAGAAAAAAAAAAGGAGAAAUGUGAUUCAGAGUUUGAGGAUAAAGUUGAUAAACUAUAUGAGAUGAUGAGUCGAUGGGAUGUAGCUUGCACUGGCUUAUCCUCCGCAGUUAAAAGAAUGUAUGAUUUAAGAAAACUUCAUGAACAAGCAGAACACUUCAGUAAAAAAUUGAGUCAAUUGACGGGCAUCCGUUCACAAUUAGCCAAAACGAUGGAAAGAGAAGAAAUGAUGUUAUUUGAUUUUCGUCAGCAAACGCACGCUGCUUUAGAGAAGCUUGGCGCAGAUAUCGCUAGAUUGGAAGAACGGAUUAAUAAGCUGAAUUCCUAA